GAUUCCCAUGCCCCCUACUCCUGCUGCUGACACGGGACGACCGGCACUCGCUCAGUCAUGCAACAGAAGCCAUGUGUGGGACAGCUACGGACCGAAAGGACGCCGACACUGUGAGUGACUGCAUAUAAAACAAAAUCAUCUAACUAACACAGGCCAAUCCAGCCAACCAGAUGAUGUCAGCAGGUUCCUGAAGAUGGACCGAGAAAUGAUGUGUGACCAGGACAGUCCCAGCGAGUACUGUUACGGGGGAUACUACCUGGUACAGGUGGGGAACAUAUUAAACGGACGCUACAAAGUGCUGACCAAGCUCGGAUGGGGCUACUUCUCCACUGUAUGGCUCUGUUUGGACCUCAGGCUCUCCCGACGUGUGGCCCUGAAGGUGCUGAGGAGCGGGCCAGGCUUCACCCAGGUGGCGCAGGAUGAACUGGCCCUGUUGCGCUGUGCAGGUGGCCCCAACAGUAAGCAUAUGCACAGCCAGCGCAUUGUCCGGCUGCUGGAUGAGUUUAAAGUGGUUGGAGAGAACAGGAUCCACAUGUGUCUGGUUCUGGAGCUGCUUGGUCCAGACCUGUAUAGCUGGCAGGAAUGUUUUGGAGACCCUGGACUUUCUGUGCUCUGGGUUAAACAUAUCAUUAAACAGGUUCUGCAGGGACUUGACUACUUACAUACCAAGUGUAAAAUAAUACACACAGACAUAAAGCCGGAAAACGUGCUGUUGUGCUUUGGGACGCAAUCAAACAGUCAGACAGCAGGGGGCGACGUAGGAUCAACACAGACCACAGGCCAAGAAACGCAAUCCAGGAAUGGUGAUGGAAAGCACCCUUGGACAUCGACGCCACUGGAGGACGUGACGGUGAAGAUCGCAGACCUGGGCAGUUCCUGUUGGGUGUAUAAGCACUUCUCUGAAGAAAUCCAGACGCGUCAAUACCGAUCUCUGGAGGUGCUUCUGGGUGCGACGUACGGCCCUCCAGCUGACAUCUGGAGUGUCGCCUGUAUGGCAUUUGAACUGGUGACUGGAGAUGCCUUGUUUGAACCUAAAGCUGGACGGUGCUUCUCUUUAGAGGAAGACCACAUCGCUCAUAUUAUUGAGCUUCUGGGAAGAAUCCCGACUGCAGUGGCUCUUUCUGGAAAAUACUCCACCGAGUACUUCGACCGAAGAGGAAACCUCCGCAGGAUCCGAGUGCUGCGUCCCUGGAGCUUGUACGAGGUCUUGGUGGAGAAGUACCACUGUGGGCUCAAGGAGGCCUCGCUGUUCUCUGAUUUCCUGCUGAACAUGCUGGACUUCUUUCCGGAGAGAAGGGCCACUGCUACCCAGUGCCUCAGCCAUCCCUGGCUCAGCUCCUGAGCUCUGAGGAUCCCCUUGUGCUAUCUGACCUACUCUUUCUUUUGACUUGCUGGCCACUCCGGUCACUAAGCGUCUUAGAGGGCUAUUAGAAAGGAGCCAAAUGCUUUGGAUUAUCAGGAGCAAAAGAAUACGGAAUGAAAAUGGCCAGGGGAACUGAAACAAAGCAAAAGACAUCUAAUCUAUGUAUAAUAUGUUACCUUUAUUCUAAAUUCAGAACAUCUUUGGAGAUAUUGUCCUAGAGAAAGGAGAGUUAUUUCUACUAUAUUUUUAUCGUAAAUUUUAUGUCCAAUCUAUGAAUAUUUUUUUUAAUAAUAACAAAUUUAUGUUAUACAUGAAAGAUUCACUUUCACUUUUUUAAAAAUACAUUCAGAAAUCAGUAGAAUCAGUGCAAUAUAAGUAUAUGUAGUAAGUGCAUUAUAGUAGCUUUCAUCUGGCAUGUAAAUAUUUACUAAAACAUGGCCCCUGCUGCAAAUGCAGGCCCAGGUCUGUAAUAUAGAGACUGGGUGCUUCUACAUGAUGCUCAUUGGGUUGCUGUGAAAUUUCUUCAUGUGGCACUGGAAAUUUUCAAGUCUGAAAAGUAGCAGAGAUUGUGGUGGAAAUACCAUUAUUACAGGAAAGCCUGGUCUCAAUCUGCAACAGACCUCUUCCUGUUAUUCACAGUACGAAUUUGUCUUGUAAUUUUGUAACAUUUUAUGAUGCUGAAUUCACAGGAUGGGAAUAUUUAGCACAAGCUUAUUAUGAUUGCAAAUUAGUCAAGGCUAAAUUUCCCUAAUGUGCAGGAAGAGAAAUUUGACAUUUGAAUGUGUCACAUUUUCUCAAAAGGUAGAUUUAAUAGCGCAUUUCAAAUUUACUCCCAUGUUGCCUACAAUUUGUGUGUCUUGGGUGACUGACUUUUAUUUAUCAUUACCCACAAUUCCCACCAGUGUAAUUAACUGAUAGAUACUCGUAGCACCAUAAGACUCCAUAAGAUAUUGGGCACCAUCUGUCUAGUCUGAAAAAAGUAUGCAGGAUGAUGCAAUUCUCAGACAAGAGCAGCAAGAACAUCUUUGGUCCUAACUUUGCUCCUGUAGUGAGAUUUUCUUAAUUCUGGGAUAAUUCUAUAUGAAGAUAUAUCCAUGAAUUCUUAGUGAUUUAAGCCUUGAAAUUGCCCCAAGAAGUGUCCAAUGUACAAAUCUGUUUGUGUGCACUGCUGCAGAAUCUAUCUGUUAUAUGAGUAUUUUCACGAUCAUUAAAGUAAUUCUUUAAGACAGUAAUUCUUCAACUGUAAUAAUGUGUUUUAGGUUUAUUUAUUUAUUCAUUUAUUUAAUUAUUUCCUUCAGAUAAAAUAAAGCCAUAUUUUGAAGUGCAA